AGCUAUUGAAAAUCAAUACGUUAAGCUUACCAUUAUCUAGACGUAUGCAGUUUCUGUUUUCCAAAUGCUCUAUGGGAAACCGGCCCCCACAAUAUAUAAAACCAAACUUAGCUAACACAACAUUAUAUUCCUUCAUUGUCUACAGUAAGAAGUAGAUAAAAUUUUCCCAUUGCUCUGCAGAAGAGCAAUUAUAGCCUUGAGCUAUGAUGGCAAUCCAAGUUGAGAAAUUCUUCAUUUCUGUGUAUUCAUUUGCCUGUGUACUUUCAAUUACUCUCCUCCUAUGUUGUCAUAUUAUUCCUCUAUGCAGUGGAUCCACACUACUCAAUACGACGUUCAGCAAUUCUCAGCAUGAGUAUUGCAGAGAAGGAUUCAGAUGUAUUAACAGAAGGAUGUUACGACAGUGUGGGGAACAAAAUUCAUAUUUACAAAUAAAUUUGAGCACACAGGGAUCCCUCCUGGACGACCAAUUUGUUACAGUGACCAUCAAUGGCAUGUUGAAUCCCAGUGAUGAUGAUUGGGUUGCCUUAAUUUCGCCUUCAAAUGCCAAAAUAUCUGAUUGCCCUUUGAAAGACGUGCUCUAUGUGGAAACUGGAGAUGUGGCAUCCCAUCCUCUUUUGUGUCAUUACCCUGUGAAGUCCCAGUUCAUGAAGAACGACCCUUCGUAUCUACCAUGCAAUAAAAGCAAGUGCGAGAAGAAAACAGGAAAUGUUUGUACAGUGAAGACCUGCAAUGGAUCUUUAUCAUUUCACAUUGUCAAUAUCCGCACAGAUAUUGAGUUUGUUCUCUUCCGAGGUGGGUAUGACAUUCCCUGCAUCCUCAAGUCUUCACAGCCUCUCAAGUUUUCCAACCCAAAUAUGCCUCUUCAUGCUCAUAUUUCCAGCAUAGAUUCUACAGGGACAACGAUGAAAGUAACAUGGAUCAGUGGAAGCAAUGGCGAUCAAUAUCUACAGUAUGCAUCUGGGAAGACUUCCAAGUCCACUGUUACUACCUUCACUCAAGCUGAUAUGUGUGGUGGUCCUUUAACUCCAAGCCCAGCCACUGAUUUCGGAUGGCACGAUCCUGGAUACAUUCACACGGCCUUGAUGACUGGACUUCUUCCCUCUCAGAAAUAUGUUUACAAAUAUGGAAGUGAUAAUGUGGGCUGGAGUGAUCCUGUACAAUUUUCCACCCCUCCUGCAGCAGGUGCGAGCCACAUAAAAUUUCUUGCAUUUGGGGACAUGGGGAAAGCUCCUCUUGAUGCAUCUGAUGAGCAUUACAUUCAGCCAGGGUCACUAGGAGUUAUAAAGGCCAUGACAGAAGAAGAAAAUGUGGAUUCUAUUUUCCAUAUUGGAGAUAUCAGCUAUGCAACGGGGUUUCUUGUUGAAUGGGACUUCUUCCUCCAUAUGAUCUCUCCACUUGCUUCCCGGGUAUCUUACAUGACUGCCAUUGGCAACCACGAAAGAGAUUUUCCGGGCAGUAACUCGGUAUACGAGUUGACAGACUCUGGAGGAGAAUGUGGUGUUCCUUAUGAAAGAUAUUUUCCUAUGCCAACACAAACAGAGGACAAACCAUGGUACUCAAUUAGUCAAGGGCCAGUGCAUUUCACUGUAAUCUCUACUGAGCAUGACUGGAGUGUAGGUAGUGAACAGUAUGAAUGGAUUGAGCAGGACUUGGCUUCUGUGGACCGCAAGCAAACACCCUGGCUUGUUUUCACAGGACAUCGACCCAUGUAUUCGAGUAUAAAAGAGGGAUUGCUACACAAUAAUGUAGAUGCUAAGUUUGUUGCAGCCAUUGAACCACUUCUUCCCAAGUACCAGGUGGAUUUGGUCCUAUGGGGUCAUGUUCACAACUAUGAGCGUACAUGCUCUGUAUUUCAGAAUACCUGCAAAUCUCUUCCUGAGAAGGACGUGAACGGAUUAGAUACCUACUCUGCCAUCAAUUACAGUGCACCCAUUCAUGUCGUUAUUGGGAUGGCAGGAUUUUCUCUUGAUGAAUUUGAAUCUAACCCAUCAAACUGGAGUUCGGUACGUUUCUCAGAGUUUGGGUAUUCUCGAGUGAAUGCCACGACGGAAGAAUUGCUAUUCGAGUUUGUAAAUUCUGGUACGCGACAAGUGAGAGAUACGUUCAAGAUAACGAAGCAAUAAUCCUCUACAGACGGAUUUUUCCAUUUCUUUGUAGCUUUGAACGACCCUUCCAAGGAGUUCCAAAAAUAACAAUAAAAAUUGCGUAUUGAUCUGAAUUCCAUUGAGUCUAACUUAUCUUGCCGAUUGAACACACAAAUUUCAUCUGAAACUCUCUCCCACACAAAAUCUAGGUGUGCAAGUUAAAUGUGGGUUUAUUUA